AUGAGAGGAUACUCCAGCAUCAUGAGUUCUACGGACAGUAGCACCACUGCCCUAAGCGGCAAUGGUCAAAAAGUCUGCCUUGAGAACAAUCACCAUCUAUGGGAGCCAAAGAUCUCAACCGCUACAGAACCAUUGUGGCAUAUGCGAGUCCUUGUUCUAAAGGACCAAGAAGGACAGGGAGAUUGUCCAGGUCGCUAUUUCACAUUCAAGUCCAAGCACCAUCUCACACACGCAGCCAACCAACUUGAAGAAGCAUUCAGAGAGAAGUUCGGUAUCAGAAAAUGCGGGUGUGAUAGUCCAGAUGCUAUGGGUGGGCGAGUUAAUGAUGGACGGUGUCAAAAUUUUACCAUUGAGUAUGAGACUGAGACGGCUAGUGAGGAAUGGAGACAGUUUACUGAGAGACUCAGAAGGUUGGAAGAUGAAUGGGAGCAUGAGGAAGUGAGCAUGCUUUGA